CUUUUUGGGAAUCGUCCAAAAUCCAUUACCGAACUUCGACAGAACCACGUACAUGUUGUUCUGUGGAAUAGGCCCUACACAGUGUAACGUGAUCCAAAGUUCAAUGGGGUAGAAACCUACUUAAAACUCAUGCAGCAAAUUGGGAAACCUUAAUAUGGGAUGUUGAAUAGCGGAGUACUUCAUGUUUCCAGAUCAUUCAUCGACUGCAACUAGCCUCGGUAAGAACACACAGCAAACCUGACUUGAAGAUCGUCAUCAUGGCUUUCCGUAAGAUUUCGUGCGUGAUGUUCUUUGCGGUCCUCGGUUUAGUAUCCGCGGAUGACUGUCCACCGCUCUGGACACGCUACGGUAACUACUGCUACCGUUUCUUCGGUCCUCCCAAGACCUGGCAAUCGGCAGAAGAGCACUGCCAAGAGUUCUUCACCCGAAACGGCCAGGGGCACCUGGCGUCCAUCCACAGUUCCGGGGAGAACUACUUAAUGCUCCAGAUGUGGAGUACCUCUCUGGUACCAAAUGAGGAGAUUGUGGGAGCUCACGUCUGGAUUGGGCACAGUGACCUGGCGAAUGAAGGAAGCUUCACCUGGAGUGACGGGACGAGCUUUGACUACGACGCCGGGUGGCGUACUGGCCAACCAGACGACUCUGGAGGUGUCGAGGACUGCGGCUCUAUCUGGAGAGACGCCGAGUGGGUUGGAUGGAAUGAUGACCGUUGCCUUUGGGCUCUCCCAUACAUUUGCAAGAUGCCCUCAAAUUAGAACAGAGAGAAGUAAAGGGGUAAACCACCGCUAUUCCCAGAUGGUACAACAAUGACUAACCUGUUAUCCAAUAUCCUGUCACCAGGCGGAAUCACUGACUUGCAAAGACAAUUACGAACAAUUCACUGGGUCUUAUCAACAAUUCACUGGGUCUUGUAGCCUGGCUUUGCGUGCCCUACGGAAACAUGAUAUCCUAACAACAGUUACGUGACGAUUUCGGUUUAAUCGGAAAUUGGUCUUGUUUACAAACGUUGCGAAACAUCAACUUUAGCCGACGCACCCACAUUGAAAACUGGAUGAGUGACUGCAUGAUGUUCUCUGAAUGAUGAGCGCUUUCUAAGCAUUCCUUCGAACCAUUUCACUACAUAAUCACCGCAUUUUUGAAUGAAGGUAAUUUCAGUAAGUUCGGUGCCUGAUGAUCAUGUUUCAUAAACACUUUAAUUCUCGCAUCGGUUCACACUGGAUUUUUGUUCUACUAUAUUAUUAACCUCACUGACUCUUUGGAUCUGACACAAGUCACAAAAACGACUUAAAUACUUUCGACAGCCUCAGAUCAGUGGCACUUCAAGUUCAUUUCUUAAUAAUUUCAAGUUGAUUUUAUAGCUUUCAUGUGAAUUGGCUUUUAAAAACUGCAUUGGUAUGACUUUGCUCGACAUAAAGACGGUUUGAUAAGAAAAGCAAAUAUCUAUAGACAGCACGUGUAUAUGUAGCUAGCUGGCCCUGCAUACUGAACUUGUAGCUUUUAGAUUACGCUUCAAGCAGUAGGUAAUUAAGCCUGCAUUAAAAAAGAAACAAGUUAUUAAAUAUUUAAUGUCUUUGAUCUUCAACAAAUCUUAUAUUGUCCUACAUGGUAGAUAUAAUGGCAAAGUCGCUUGGGAGACACCCCCCCCCCCCCCGUAACGAUUAACUGAAGUGUUCACACACAAUUCACACACAAAAAGUUUAACUGAGUUAGAAACUUUAAUAUUGCUUGUUUUAUUCCAACUUCCAAAACGUAUGAACCAGCAGACUUUCUUGUAUCAAAAAGUACACAAAAGAAUGCCUUGCACAAUAUCCACGUAUAUUGUACCCUAAAGGUGUUUUUCCCCAUAUAAUAUCAUGAACUUUAAUCGUUGCAAUCAGUAUUCUUGACAGUAUCACCAGUUUCUGAAGGGGUUAAUAUUGUAAUUAAACAGCAGAAAACAACCUAAUAUACAGUAUGUCCCAAACAAGUGUCAGUCUGACUAUUUUCGAAAUAAUUACAAAACUAUGAAGUCAAUUUUGAAAUUUGUUUGGUUGUGCAGAUACUCCUAAGCCUUGGCCUCAACCCUUGUGGGUUUCAUUUAAUUUCAGUCACGCAUCACUACUCAAUUGUCAAUUGAUCACAACAACAUUUUUGGACACUGUCCUUGCAUUAUUCCAUUUCAGUACUGUGUUAAGUAAGCUGUGUAAAAUCCUUCAUGUUGUAAAAAGGGCUGCAGUUGGGAUUGGAAUCAUUUGCCUGGCUAUCAGUCAUCUUUGGCAAGACCUCAGUUUAAUGCUCAAGGGCAAAUGAUUCCAAUCCCAAACCACAUCAGCCUUUUUCCCCUAACAUGCAGGAUUUUACACAACUUACAUAAAACAGCAUUGAAAUUGAUUAUGAGGCAUGUCCAAAAAUGU